CAUUGUCACUGAUGUUGCAGUUGGUGUGAAGAGAGGAUCUGACGAACUUCUUUCAGGCAGUGUACUCAAUAGCCCGAACUCUAACAUGAGCAGCAUGGUAGUUACUGCCAAUGGCAAUGAGAACAAGAAAUUCAAAGGUGACGAUAAAAUGGAUGGGGCGCCUUCUCGUGUUCUUCAUAUCAGGAAAUUGCCUGGCGAAGUGACAGAAACAGAAGUUAUUGCUCUAGGUUUACCUUUUGGUAAGGUAACCAACAUCCUGAUGCUGAAAGGGAAGAAUCAGGCGUUUUUGGAACUUGCUACAGAAGAAGCAGCUAUCACUAUGGUUAAUUACUACUCUGCUGUGACGCCUCAUCUUCGUAACCAACCUAUCUAUAUCCAGUAUUCCAAUCAUAAAGAACUAAAGACUGAUAACACACUUAACCAG